AUGGCGACGGCGGGCCCGCGGGCGGGCCGCAGGGUGCGGUUCGGUCCCGCGGCGCAUUCCGUCUACACGUUCUACGCCGCAGGUCCGCAGCCGGCCGCGAAGCCGCGCGAGGCCUGCUUCCUGUGUCUCAGCGAGGACAUGUUCGACCCGGCCGAAGUGUGCGAGAGCGGCAAGAAGUACUGCAGAUGGUGCAUCUUGCUCUACGAGGAAACUCAGAUUGGACGCCUCGAGGACCCCCUCACGCUGUCGCCGAUCCGCCGCCCGCCGCGCCUGGCGCCGCCCACGCCGGCCGCGACCGCGCCCACGGCGGACGACGCCCGCGCCGCGCGCCGGCGCGUCGUGGGGCGGUGGUGCGCGGCGAACGAGCCGGGCGACGCGACGGUGUGGCGCGCCGCGUGGACGCCGCUCCUCGGCGCGGACGCUCUCGCGUGGCUCGACCCCAUCGCCGCGCGCAGCAACACGGGGGAGUAUUUGAUACACCUCGGGGGGGCGUCUGGCGGGAAGCUCACGCCCGACGAAGGCUGGGCGCUCGUCGACGCCGUGCAGGCGCGGUGCGCGAGGGCCGGGGUCGACGGCGAGCGUCUGCCGCGGAGCGCAGAGCUCGCGGGCAGUGCGCCUUCCUGGCUCGGGGCCCUGCGGGCCGCGCUGUGGCGCGGCGGACAGGCGGAGUGGGCGGUCGGGGAGCUGCUGCGCCGCGCGAACAUCGGGCCGCGGCACCCGCGCCGGCCCGUGCCCACCGCACUGCUGACGGACGCUGCCGUCGCGGCGCUGCGAGCCGCGGAGGAGGACGUGGGGUACCGGCUGGGCGUGCAGGGCGCGGCGCUGGCUCUCACGCGGCUGCUGCGGCCCGGGCGGACUCAGGGUACGCGUCGCGACGGAGCGGCGCGGGCGGGCGCGAUCGGCGUGCUGUGUUCGCUGGCGGAGGGGGCUGCGACGGACGACGACGCUGCGGAGGCCGUAGGGUGGGCGAUCGCGGCGGUGCUGGGCCGCGGCGGCGCGCACGGGGCGCGGCGAGAUGCCGCGAGCCGCGCGGGCAUGGCCAGCCGCCUCGCAGACGCCCUGGCUGCGUCCGCCGCCGAGGGCGGUCGGCGCGCGCUGUGCGAGGCGUCCGUGGCGCUCCUGGGCUCCGGCGGCGACGGCGGGCGUCGCCGCGACGGCGCGUGCCGCGCGGGGCUCCACCUCGCCCUCACCGCCGUGCUCGAGACCAGCCUGUGCGACGGGACGCGCGCCGCCGCCGCCCGCGCCGUCUCCGCGCUGGUGUGGCCGACCGAGGUGCCGUUCGGGUCAGAGGACGGCAGCCUGGCGCUCCAGCGCGAGGAGCUCGCCGCGACCCGCGAGGGCAUCGCGGCAGCCCUCGGCGCGGGCGGGCCGCGCUCCUCCUCCGCGCGCCGCCGCGACGCAGUCCUGCGAACGGGGAUGAUGCCGGCGCUGUGCGCGGCGCUCGCGGGCGCGGACUGCGACAUGGCGCGUGUCGCGACGGCGGGCGCCAUCGUGGACGUGUGCGGCGCGGGCGACGCAAUGGAUCCGGCGUUUGCGGUGGGGCGCGCGGCGGCAGUGGCGGCGGGCGCUCUGGGCGCGCUCGGCGCGGCGCUGCGGGCGUGCCGCUGCGACCUGGCGCGGCAGGUGCUGGCUACCGCGCUCGCGCGGCUGCUCGAGCCGGAUGUUGGGGGGGAGGAGUAUUCUUGGCGGGACGCUGCGCAUGAGUCAGGCGCGGUCGAGGCGCUGGUGGCGGCGAUCGCGGCUGCGCGGAGCCCGAGUGCGCUGCAGGCGCUCGCGCGGGCCGCGGGGGCGGUGCUGGGCGCGGGCGGCGCGACGGCGGACGCGCGGCGGGUGGAGGCGACGUGGCGCGGGCUGGGCGGGGCGCUGGGCGCGGGGGCGGGGGAGGCGGGGGAGGCGGGGCGCGUGGUGCUGCGGAUCCUGAGGGAGUACGAGGAGCGAGGAGCCUGGGGCCCGUCCAUCAUCGUGGGAGGGAGCGUGUUCGCGGCGGUGUCGGUCGCGCUCAUCAAGGGGCUCACGUCGGGCGACCCGGAGAUGUGUCAGGCGUGUGGCGGCGCGGGCGGGGUGCGGUGCUUCGCGUGCGAGGGGACGGGGAAGAUGGGCGGCAUGGACGCGGACGCGCUGCGCGAGAAAACCAAUUCGCCGGCCUCGCUGAUGGAAGCCAACCUCGGAGAGACCAACCCGCGCGAGUGCAAGGCCUGCAAAGGGUCCGGCCUCCUCCUGUGCGCGAAAUGCAACGGAACGGGGUACUCCAAGCGGCUGUGA